AUGCCAUGGCCCAUAUGGGAAGUACGGGCACGCCAUGUUGACAAGAACUUCCGACAAUGCGACGAGUUCAGCCAAGCCCUCCUAGUCGUGGAAAAGAUCCAGUCCUUUGCCACGAUCCUCCCGAAGUUCUUCGAUUACGAAAAGGAUGCCGACCAUAGGACUCCCGACUGCGACAUGCUGAAAAUCAGUGCGUACGUGGUCUCUUUCAACUACGGCCUGAAACGACGCGUCUUGAAGACUUUCCGAAAUGCCGACUGCAGCUGGAUGUCGACGAGGGCUCGUGUGGCAGAGGCCACAAACAGGGCCGAGGUCAUCAAAUCUGACUGCGAGGGCCGCGAAGAGAACGAGCUAAGGGUCCAGGGCCUGGAGCUCUUCUUCCGCUUCCAGAAUGAUGAGGCGGGCAAGAGGAAAGCGGACAUCGUUAAGGAGAUUUUCAAGCUGAUGCCGAUGGGCAGGGACACGAAUCGGGCGGGGAGAUGUUGGUCCGCUUGGCCAAGAUUCCCGCCAGCAUCGACGGCGAGGUUGAGCGCCGAUGGGGUACCGAGGAUCGACAAGUCCGAGGCCACUGACUCCGUCGACAACAAGUACCGAUGGGAGCCGAGUGGGACAAGAGUACCAGUGGGGAAUACUUCUGAGCUGAUUGCCCCCUGA